CGCGUUUUCUAAGAAGUAUACGAGAAGUAAAUAGCUUGCGUGUGCUUUUUUUUCAUGAAAUUUUUGUGUCUGUGAUGUAAUUUUAACUUUUAAUUUCAUUGGAAAUUCGUACCUGAGUUCGGUUUGUCGGUUUGGUUUGUUUAGCUGAAAGCAAGUGCCUGCAAAUAAUUAGUAUAGCCUUUAAGAUAAAAAUUGUGGUGCACGCAAAAUUAUAGAAUUCUUUUAAGAAUUACGUUUUUUGUACAUUGAUCCAAAAAGUGCUAAGUUAGUGUAAUCGGUUCGGUUAAUAGGUUUUUACAUUCGUAUAGAAUCGUUACAAAUAAUGAAGUGAUGUGCUUCUCACCAGAACUGUCGGUUACGAAAGAAAAUUGUCCAAUUAAUAUGAAAGUCAGAACCGUAAGACAGGUUAAACAGCAACGUCCCCGGAAUCGACGCUUUACAGGUGUGAGCGGGGAUACAACAAAUGUUAGUAGCAAGGUGUUUGCCUCUAAAUUGACGAGCCCACCAUACAGAAUGCCACCGCAGCCUGGUCUAUGUGGAGAAGUUCCGAUUCCCGGAGCUGCAAGUGAUCCUCCGCUACGGACACAUUCAUCAAAAUUUCCAAUUGAGAGAGAAUUGGUAUUGUCCAUCGACAAAGGAUUGACCAAGGUUCCUCUUAUGCACGAACCGAGAGGAAAUCACGGCACUAGAAUUACAAAUGGAAUCCAAUUGUUACCUAAACAAACCGGCGCCAUAGCUCCCGAUCAUCCACCAAAGCAAACACAAGCUUGGAACACCCAACAUCUAUCUCAAAUACAACAUGAUCCGACGCAGCCAGGAUCGCUGAAAGGAGUUAUGACCAGAACACCAGCUCGGCUUCCCGAGGACGUGACUGCAUUGGCUGAAAGAGAUUCCAUGAACAAAGACCGAGAGAAUAAUAAGAAUGCCGUCUCAAAAACGUAUCACACCCUUAAAGAUCUGAUAUCGGGAAAAUUUAAAAAAGAUAACAGUGAGGUCGCGGACGAACUGAAUAACGUGACAACAGUUCAGCACGACGAUUAUCGUUCUCCAUAUUCUGCUCUUCCGCCACACAUGCGACAAAUGCAAAGUCUGAAUCAAUCCCAACCAAAUAUUUACAAUUCUAAAUCGACUCCAGAUCACCAACUGCAUUUGACGGCUCAAAGCAAUCAACGUUCAUUUCUACCAUCAGAUAUGUCGCGAGGUGUCCAACAAAGAACACUUUCACAUCCUCAGUUAGCUUCAUUUGAAAGACGUGACUCUCAAAUCAUGAUUCCACCGGACCGUAGAGGUUCACUUGAUAAUGUGGAUGUGACUGAUAGCGAUGAUGGUGGAUUUGCUUCGAAGAUUAUCAGAACUCCGCAAAUUUCGUAUCAGAUUCCCAAUCAAAAACAUCAAUCGCUACCAGGACACAAUCAGCGGCAAUCGCCGCAGAUUUUUCAAAAUAAUGGUUUGAAUGGUAUGGCUACCCAACCCUAUAUGCAAACACCAUACCAACAUUCUCAUAUGCCACCGCCAUCAAACAAUUCACCCCAAUUGCAACAGAAGGAUAUGCUUUUGUAUCAACAACAACAGCAUCAGCCGCCUCUACAGCACCAUCAACAACAUCAAGAGAGUGACAAAUUAUCGAACCCCGAUCAGUACUCAGCAAAUCUGAUCAAUUCCCGACAAGAUGCUCAACGACUAUCGUUUCAAAAACAAAUGCAAGAAACGCAACAAAGUCAAUUGAAUACUCAACUAGCAACAAAUCAAUCGAAAUCAACUCCCCCGCCAAUUCAGGCAAAACCGAAUCGUAAAACUGCUGCGGAUCAGCCACACCCAUUUCCUCAUCCUGCAUCUGGUGGAAGUUCUGACUACGAUAAAAGUAAUUCCAAUGUUGAUUCGGGUCGUGGCAGUGCAGCCUAUUCGAGUGGAAGGAAGGCACAAAUCGAAAAUUCACCGUCACCAAUGAGAGGAGUGAAAAACGAUGACGACGAGUGGGUCGACAUCGUCGACAAUGAACUGCGGAACAUCUUAGAGCCGGGCAUGCAAAAUCUAAACAUUCGUCCGGCGAGCACAGUUUCGGGAAGUGUAUCGUCAAUGUCCCCACCACUACCACCAUUGUCGCCAGAUGGAAGCUCAUACAAACAAACGAAGCCAAAGGACCCUAAACAAGAAUAUGGAACUGACAGCUACAAUAGACCUGGAAGAGCAACUGUUCCCAUUGGACCAUCACGAGCUGGUUGGCCCGGAUCGUCUGUACAGAAGCAGGGCCAUUCAGCAGUUAAGAAAAACGAACAGGCGAUUUUGAAGCGACAUUUGUUCGGUUUGGAUAAUGAUCUGACCUCAACGACAACAAGAUCAUUAGAUCUAGAAUCUCUGCUAGGCGGACCAUGGGGUACUGGUCAGUCGGUUAGUGAUUCUGAAACGGAUACUCAAGGCAUCAGGCACAUUCGAUCACAAUUAGAAGGCUUGGAGCACAUGUACGGCGAAGUUUUGAAAAUGUUGGGCUCACGUGGAGCCGGCAAUCGUAUGCAUGAAAUGCCACUACGAGGCGGCGGAAGACGUCGUCAUGGUAGUUUGUCAUCUCUUCCAUCUAGUUCAGUAAGCGGUAGACCAAUUCGUGAUAGACGGCGGACAGAUGAUCGUCGAAAGGUCCGCGAUAUGAAGGGAAUAAACAAAAGAUUUCAAAGACUGGAAUCACAUGUCGUUACGUUGGCACGAAGUGUGGCUCAUUUAUCGUCCGAAAUGAGAUCACAGCAUUUAGUCACGCAGGAACUGGAACGACUUAGAGACGAACUCACCACUCUGAGGUCUCAAGCGGUCCGAUCACAGCACAGCAUUUACAAAUCGUUUAAAAACGAACCAGACUCACCCAACCUGACCAAUCCGAAGCGAGUGAAAAAGCUGACCAAAUUUUUCGGCGAAGAUCCGCCGUUGAUGAGAUUAUUUUUGAAGAAACUUGGCUAUGAGAAAUAUGCCAACUUGUUCGAAGCUGAACGUGUUGGUAUGAUUGAGCUGCCGUUUUUAGGCGAGGAGAGAUUACAGAAACUUGGCAUUCCACUCGGUCCGAGACUGAGAAUAUUACAGGAAGCUCAGAUAUCGCUGUGUAAAGACACAACGUUGUGUAUUGUGUAAAGACUUUCUGUUGUUCGCUCAAGACUAUUAGUAUAUUGGCGCUCAAGUAAUGUUAGGAUAAGUGAAUCCAAGAUAAAUUUAAAAUUAAUUUUUAUUUUAGUUUAACGUCAUCCAUCGGAUAUUUUUAUAAUAUUUUUGAUACCCAAUUUUGAUGUCGAAUUUUUUCUUCUUCUUUUUGUACAAAUUGAAAAUGUUUCUUUUGGUAAUUUGUAUAACGUCAGUAACGCCUGCAAAAUGAAAAUUUACCAGUACAUUAUCUUCUUUGGCCGGUCUAGUGCAAUUAUAGCAUCCGUUUAAUUCCGUUUAUUUUUUAAUCAACAACCAAAACUGUAUACAACACCACCCAGAUCAUCAUUCAUCAUCUAUUCAUAUGUUGCACUUUGUAAUUUCACAUUCCUUUUUUUUGGUUAAAAAUAAAUCGUCGUGUUACUUU